AUGAGCCGCUUGUCGGUUCACGUGAUUGCUCGAUUAUUGCACAGUGUUUCACGGACGUCGUCGAAGAUGGGUUCACUCGAGAACGCUAAGAAAAUCGCGGCUUACAAUGCCGUAGACAGAUACGUCCAGAAUAACACCGUCGUCGGAAUUGGUAGCGGAUCCACCGUGGUCUACGCCGUUCAGAGGCUAGCUGAACGUGUCAAAGAAGAGAGACUUAACGUAGUCUGUGUCCCUACAUCGUUUCAAGCUCGUCAGCUCAUAUUGGACAAUCGUUUAACCCUGGGCGACUUAGAAGUUUAUCCCAAAUUGGAUUGUGCCAUCGAUGGAGCGGACGAGGUUGAUGCUGAGAUGAAUCUCAUCAAAGGUGGCGGAGGAUGUUUGCUACAAGAGAAGAUCGUUGCUUCAUGUGCCAAGCAAUUUAUCAUUAUUGCAGAUUACACGAAAAAUUCGGAAAAACUCGGGGAACAAUAUAAGAAGGGAAUUCCCAUUGAAGUAGUUCCCAUGGCAUAUGUACCGAUUCGACGUAAAAUUGAGGACACGUAUGGAGGAAGUGCAAAAAUCAGAAUGGCUCUGUCAAAAGCUGGUCCAGUAGUAACGGAUAACGGCAAUUUUAUUUUGGACUGGCAGUUCCCCGGAAACUUAACUGAUUGGAACAAAAUUAACACGGAAAUAUCUCUCAUACCUGGAGUCGUAGAAACUGGUCUAUUUAUAAAUAUGGCAGAGAAAGCGUUUUUUGGUAUGUCGGACGGCACCGUAAAGGAACAAAGUUCAAAUGUUCAGAAGAUUUAACGCCGAUGUGAAACUGCAUUUCGUCAUAUCUGGGCUAUCCAGUGACUCUUGAUAAUACUGUCGAACGAAGGAUCCUCGAUAACCUUUCUUUGCAAUCUUGACUCCCAUCUUAUUGCGUAUAUCGUACGUAAUAAGAUUAUUUUAUUGCGUAUCAUUAUUCCCUUUUUAGCGAAUUCUUUUCUACAUUUUUCAUGAUUAUUUCUCAUGUAUCGAUCUAAAUAUGUGCACAUGUUAAGUUUGUGAUUAUUAUUUUAUACUAGUAUUUUACCGAUUUAUAAUUCACGUUAUAAUCAACCAGCCAAUAUCUUACUGUUUAAUUUUUACAAUACUUUCCAGCAGUAAUAAGUCGUUACUGUAUAUGAAACGUAAAGUACAAAACGUAAUUCGUUCCAAUGUAUAAAUUGUUCAUGCAUUAAAAGAGAUUCAAGAGAUUAAAUAAAUAUAUUUUUUACACAAUG